ACAGGAACCUGCGUCAUUCCGACAGGUGACAGUUCAGCAAAACAAUCAAAAAAUAUUUUUUUACACAAAAAACCGCAACCGAAGCUUCGUUUUCAGUUUCUAACUUAAAAAAACAACAUUCUAAUCGAAUCGCAAUAACUCGUGCCGUGUUACCACCGUGCCGUAUCCUUGAUCCUCCACAUUGACAAACCCAGUUGUCAGUUGUCAUUUUCGCUUAUUUUUGUUAAAUAUGACAUUGAUUGAAGGAAUAGGCGAUGAAGUGACACAAUUUUUUAUCGCUUUAUUGGUAGUCCUAGUCGUUUCAGUGUCCUUCGCUUGGUGGACCACCAGCAUCUCGGAACAGAGGCAUGUCCAGACCGUCUGGCUGCUGGACCGACGCCGCCACCGAGCCCACCGCCGCCUCACCAACCACACGCACGCCGUCACCAUAACCGAAGGUGCUCGAUCGGUCGUUUUUCUAACGCAAAAUUCGGCUGAGGGCACAACGACGGCGGCGCUCCAAGCUGACAGCCCCACGCUGGCGGCGGCGGCGAGCGCGAAGCCCCCAGAGGCCGGCACGAGCAGCUCGGACACGACGGAAAGGGGCGACGAGGAUGAGAGGACGAGGAUCGUGCAGGCGAUGGACGACGACGCCUGCGUCCUGAGGCAGCGCCGGUUGGCGUUCUACGAGAGAAGUGGUGACAGUGGUACUGAGAAUUCGGACACCAGUGAUAGCAAUCCAGUGGUAAUGGAGCACAAUUAUGCAGAAGCUGCCUCCAGUGCGGAGAGCAGGGAGGCGGCGAGUGACGCAAGCAAGGCUGCCAAAGAAGAGACUGAUAUCAGGAUCAAGCUCAAGUACAUUAACGAUGAUCUGAAGUUGGUAGAUGGGAAGCUGAAGGAACAGCUGGGGGAUUUCAAGAAGCGCCAUUUUCAGCCCGAGUUAUCUUCCAACAAGCUCGUCCGUUUGAUUUUCAACGGUCAGGUUUUGCAACAAGACAGCAAAACCCUGGAAGGUUGUGGACUUUUCGAUAAUUGCGUCGUCCACUGCCUCAUCCACCAGCGAAGAUCAACACCCGGAGAAGAAAAUUCCCCAGAUUCCAGAAACGAGCAACAGUCACAGUCAAAUCACAAUCGAAACACCAAUCAAAACAAUAACAAUAAUAACAACCAAGGCCGUGAUUGGGAUUUUGGUAAUUUUUUAUUUGCCAUUAUCAGUUUUACGCUGUUAUCGGCAUGGUACUUCAGGUAUGUGUAUGCCCAUUUAUAUACAGUUACGGCUACCGUAGGUCUCAUUUUGAUGACUGGAGUUUUUACCAUCGUCCUUUUUGGGUUUUAUUUUCCGGACCAUGAGCCGUUGCCUCCGACCGCGCCGCCGACUCAGACUUAAGUUUUUACAGUGAAUUUUUGUUCCUCAAGUAUGUAUAAUAAAUUUAAUUUAUAAAGUUCAUAUUUUCGCGUAAUUUGUUGUUGAUAAAUGGUUAUUUUAUUAAUAAAUAUUUGAUUCUUUCGUA